GGGACAUUUUCCAUAAACCAGGUUGCUCCAAGUCUUUCCCGACCUGGAUUCCAUCCCUGAGCUGUCAGAGGUGAGUUUGUUAUCCCCGAUCCUGCUGUGGGAGCUUCCCUGCUCCCGGCUGUCCAUGUCAAAUGCAGCACCUGGAAAUACCUGGAGAGGUAAAAACCCAUCCUGUGGGAAUUUGGGGUUUUUUCCUCCUUUGGGAGAUUCCUGAUCCGUGGAAUUAAGGUUGGUGGUGUUCCAGAUUUGCUCUGCUGUUCCAUUCAUGGUCGUCCUGGUGGUGGGUGGCUUUGGCAGCGUUCCUUAUCCAAAUGCUUCCCUCAGGGAUGGGCUCUGAGGGAAUUUUUGUCCUCCAGCACUGGGAAUUCUGGAGAAAACGCCAACAGAAAGGCAGGAGGUGGCUCGGGGAAUGUUGGUUCACAUUUGUUUGGAAACCCUCUGGAACAAACUUGGCUUCGCAUGCAGCCCCUGUUGAAAUCCGAUUUAAUUUAUGGAGGGAGGAGGAAUAUUGGGUGAGAGGCCAGAAUUUUGGGAAUGCUGUCUGGUGGGAAUCUGGUUAUUAUUUGCUUGGCGAGGAUUAAUAGGAUUCACAGAACAGUUUCUACUUGGUUCAAAUUAAAUAAUUCCUCAAAAAAAACCUCAAACCCCGGGAAUUGUGCUGGAAAAUCCUCCUGUCCUGCACCUGUGUUUGGUCAUUCCCUGUAAGGUUCAUUCCUUGAGCUGUGAUCUCAGUGUGAACCUCUGCUCUGUGGAAGAACUUCCAGCUGGAGUCGACUUCCACAAGCUUGGAAAACAAAACCCGGUGACGGCAUCGGAGAGACGAGAACCUCGGUGCCGCAGGAACUCAGCGCGGAGCUCCGGGAACGGCCGGGAAAACUCCUGGGAAAGCUGCAGGAAGAGUUCAUUUCCAGGAGACAAGAGAUGGACAAGGGGGAAAUGAGGAAUUCCCGGGUUUGGAGUUUUCCUGGUUUUGGGCUGGGACAGGGUUGGGAGUUUUUGUUUGGGGUUGGGAACGGAGCUGGGGGAUGUGCUGAUGUUGUGGCUGUUGCUUUGUCCUCGCCCCAAAUCCAGAAUUCCUGAUAAAUCCAGAAUUCCCUGGAGCUGCACAGGGACUUUGCUGCUCUUUGAUGUUUCGCUGAUCUCGGUCUUGGGGCUCUCUGGGAUAACGGGAGGUGUGGGAAUGGGAAUGGCAGGAGGUGGAAUGGGAUGGGCUCGAAGGUCCCUUCCAGCCCAAAGCCUUGUGUGAUUCUCUCUCCAGAACUCUGUGGUGUUUUCAUUUUCCUCUCCCUCUAUUUGUGCCUUCUUUCCUCACCCCACAGCACCGAAUUCUCAGUGAUUUCACCCAAACCAAGCCCCACUUCCAUUGACCACGGUGCUUUUUGUGUGGAGAUUUUUUUGUUGUUGUCGUUCCUGUACGCUUUUACUCCUCUCUGUUUCUUUCAAACCCUUUCUAUUUAAGCUCUUGGAGAGAUGGGAUGUUUUCUACCCGCAGAAUUGCAGCCUCGUCCCACCCUGUGGAUUCUUGCAGGGUUUGCUCUUCACCCACGGGAGCGUCCUGCUGGAAAGCGCUCCGGCCUCGGCUCAGCUCCGCCGGCUGGAGCCGGUUGGAGUUCUCCACCUCAGCGCUUCCACUUCCAGCUCAUCCCUCGUCACCUCCCGACAGGGCGGGUUCACGCUUUGCCUCACCGCUCCUAAAAUUAUUAAUUGUAAUUAAACCCAAACGCUGUUGUCGCAAAGAAGCGAAAUGCCAGGUUUUAAGCGAUGCUGUUGCAAGUGUCACCACCGGUUGUUGUGUUCCCUGUGUGACAUCCAAUUUGUUGGGUUAAGCUUGUUAAUCAGCUGUUUAAUUGAUUAAUCACCUGUUCUCUAUAUUUAAGAUUUUAAUCAGUGAAAGAAAAUGAUAUUUUUGUGAAUUUUGAGUGCUUUAAACUGUGCGGUGCAAAUCCCGCUCCCGUGCCUCGGGUUGCUUUUUCUCCCCGUCCUAGAAGCCGCUGUGAGCAGAUGCCAAAGAUGACCCAUCUAAUCCUUGUCUUUUAACUUGCAGCUUUGUGUUGUUCUUGGAAAGUUUCGCACCACUUGUGAAUUCCCUGAACCUUGGCCUUGCCGGCCCCCUUGUGUUGGGCCCUCCUCCUUUUCAGCUUGCCCAAAUUCAGACCCACUUGGCUCUCCAGCGCUCGGCAGGAGCCCAUCAAAUCCCCGUUCGGGGUGGUGAAGGCGUCCUGGCUGCCCGUGUUCCCCGAGAAGAGCAAACGCCUGCCCACCCCGUCCAUGAUGAACGACUACUAUGCCACGUCGCCGCGAAUAUUCCCACAUUUGUGUUCUCUGUGUAACCUUGAAUGCACUCAUAUGAAGGAUUGGAUCCUGCACCAGAACAACCCCGAGCACCUGGAGAGCUGCCGCCGGCUGCGCCAGCAAUAUCCCGAGUGGAAUCCUGAGGCUCACUCCUCCAGCAG